AUUAGGUUUUUUUUUGGAUUGUAUCGAAAACCUUGUACAGCACUACAGCCCGUUGAAUUUAGGACGUUCGAGGUGAUCCUGGAUUCUCCUCCAGCUCCAGUUGAGAAUGAGGAUAGUAGGAUUAACGGGAGGAAUUGCUUCAGGGAAGAGCACCGUCUCCAAUCUUUUCAAGUCCCGCGGUAUUCCGGUCGUCGAUGCCGACAUCGUUGCUCGUAAUGUCUUGAAGAAAGGCACUGGAGGGUGGAAAAAGGUAGUGGCUGCAUUUGGAGAAGACAUCUUGCAGGCCAAUGGCGAGGUGGAUCGCGCCAAGCUGGGUCAAAUCGUGUUUUCUGAUCCUGCAAAACGCCACCUCCUUAAUAGGCUGUUAGCGCCUUAUAUUUCAUCCGGUAUCUUUAUGGAAGUCUUGAAGCUGUGGAUGAAGGGUUGCAAGAUAAUUGUUCUCGAUGUGCCUCUUUUAUUUGAAGCCAAGAUGGAUAAGUGGACUAAACCGAUUAUUGUUGUUUGGGUAGACCCGGAGACACAGCUUCAGCGGCUCAUGACAAGGGAUGGAUCUAUAGAGGAAGAGGCCAAAAGCAGGAUAAGUUCUCAGAUGUCUCUGGAUGUAAAGAGGACAAAGGCGGAUAUUGUGAUUGAUAAUACAGGGACACUAGAGGAUUUGAAUAAGCAGUUUGAGGCGGUGUUAAUCCAGAUAACAAAGCCAUUGACUUGGACCGAGUAUGCACUUACCAGACAGGGAGCUAUUCUUGGAUUGCUUUCUAUUUUCGUUGGCGUUGUAAUAUGCAAGAAAAGUUUAUGAUUGUAAUUUCUUUAAACUUUUCAUUAAUGUUUUGUGUUUGAAGUAUUCUACUCGAAAACUGGAUCCAUUUGUUGAAAGUUUCUUAUUGUGCUAACAU